UGAAUGAAAGCCUGAGAGUAAAGAUGAGUUUCGUUGAGUUUCUCUUAAUUUGUGGCACAAUCGCUUUGCACUCACUGCAAAUCAGCGCGAGUAUUCCAGCUCCAAAACCUGGGCAAGCAAGUUUGGUGAUCAUCUUCGACACAACAGGAUCCAUGCAUGAUGAUCUCGAGGAAUUGCGAAAAGGCGCAGCUUUCAUCGUUCGCAAGAUGAUGACGGAAGAGAAGAAUCCGAUUUACAACUACAUUUUCGUGCCAUUCAAUGAUCCUCAUUUUGGCCCAAUAUUUGUGACUAGAAAUCCACAAGAACUUCUGAGGAAAUUGGAUGGCGUGACAGUGGAUGGAGGAGGCGAUUGUCCCGAAAUGAGCAUUUCAGGGAUUAAAAUGGCUCUCACGGAGUGUUUACCAGACUCAUUUGUCUACGUCUUCACGGAUGCUGAUGAAAAGGAUUCUCAUUUGGUUCCUGAUGUUCUCACACUCAUUCAAAAGAAGAGGAUUUCGAUUACCUUUAUUGCUGCUGAAGGAUGCGAUUCGACAUUCAAAACAUAUUACAGCAUAGCAAAGAAGAGCAAUGGACAGGUUUAUAAAAUCAAGUCGAGGGACACUAACACUAUCCUGGAACACAUUGGAGACACACUGGAUGAAGGCCUGCAAACAUUGAAAGUAGCUUACUUUGAGGGCGCUGGAGCUCACGAAUUUGGUGUGGAUGUGGAUAAGAGCGUAAAGGAUUUUAGCGUUAGUGUGUCAGGAUCAGAUCCUAACAUUACAGUUCGCAAUCCCGAGGACGAGAUAUCCGAGAAGGCCAAAACAGUAAUUGAUUUACCACGAGUCAAGACGGUGAAAGUGAAAGACCCUGAGCCAGGACGAUGGGUGGUGGAUGCUUCAUCGACUUCUGGGCACUCGGUCAAGAUUGCGGGCGUGAGCGACCUGAAGUUCGACUUCGGAUUCUCCCUUCACACUCCCGCGAACAUUGACGAAGCUUCUCCGCGUCCCUUUCGUGGCUACACUAAUAAGUUCUGUGUCGCUCCUUCAGAUCCUGCCGCCAUUGAAAAAUUCACAGUUGUGCGCUUCUUCAAGGAUGACCCCAAAAAUGAGUUUGAAUUAAUUCUAAACAUGGAGCUUAUCGAUAAAUCUAAAAUGAUCUCUUGUGUGGCAUUCAGUCCACCGCCAGGAGCGUUUAAAAUCGAAAUUAAGGGCGUGGAUUCCAGUGGCUAUGCAUUUUCUAGGUUCCUUCCAACGGCUCUGGAGACAUCAGAUGUCACAAAACCACAAUACUUAGGCGAGAGUCUCGAACAAUCAAUCGAAAUGGCUCCAAAUACCAGUGUUGAACUCAAUUGUAAAAUGGCAGGCAAACCUGAGCCUUCAAUUGAAUGGAUGCAAGAAGACAAAGUGAUUCCGGGAGUAUCUGGUGAUGUACAUAGAAUCAAGCAUGAUAAGGAAAAGCCUCUUAGAAAAUAUAGCUGUGUAGGAACAAAUACUGAAGGAUCUGCAAAAGUUACUUUUCAUGUGACAAGUGCUCAGCCUCCGCAAUUGAUGCAGGAACUUCUGAAACACAAGAAUGAUUCAGCAAUUAAACUUCUCGCAGGAGAAACCUUGGAAAUCAAUUGUCCAGUGAAAGGAGUGCCAGAUCCUACAAUCAAGUGGAUUAAGAAUGGAAUUUUCAUUUCAGAUAGAGAAGAAAAUAUCAAUUCUCUGACAAUUCCAUCUGUCAAGGAAUUUGAUGAAGGGGAAUAUGAGUGUAUUGCUGAAAAUGAUUAUGGAAAUGUAAGUCUGAGAUUUGCUCUAAAUCUUGAAGAGGCUCCUUCGUUCACAGUCGGGACUGAUGAUAUCAAUUUUGACUCCAAACGUAAUAGAUACGUGGAAAGGAUUAAAACACUGUCGAAAAACAUAAUCAAUCUUGAGUGUCCAGUCACUGGAAAGCCAAAACCAGAUAUCACUUGGUUUUACGAAGAUCCAUCCGAUAUUGUGUCCAGGAAAUUCAAAGUUAGGUUCGCAAAUGGAGAACGCCUAACAAUUCUAGCCGCUAAUGGACCAACGAUGUAUACUUGCGUGGCGAAUAACACUCGUGGAGUUUUGGAGAAAGUUUUCAUGAUCGAUACACUUCAAGUCCCGAAACUGAUCAAUCCCAAUUCAGUGAAAAUACGAGUAAAAUCCAAACAGGACUUUUCAUUGGAUUGCUCAGUGAAAUCGCCGGAUUCUGACAAUAUAAUUACUUGGUUCAGAAGUGGAGAAAUCCUAAAACCAGACGAAAGCAAAUUCGUAGCUUCCGAAGAUGGAUACAAACUAACAAUUUUAAAUACGGACACGAAGGACGAUAUAGGAGUGUAUUCUUGCUUGUUGGAGAAUGAUGCCGGAUCCACUGAGAAGACGUUCAUGGUAAUGAAAGCGGUGUUCGUAAAAUGGUCAGCUUGGUCCAGGUGGACAAGAUGUAAUUGCCAUUUAUCCUUACAGUAUCGCUCCAGAUACUGCCAAUAUAACGAUGGCUCCUUCGCCGACAGAAAAGACAGGAUCCUUUGCGUGGGAGAACCAAUCGAGAGCCGUAAUUGCUCAUGUUAAAAUAGCACUUUAAAAUGUUUCAACACAUUAAUUUGUAUUCACAUGCUUUCCUUUUCCACAAUAUUUUCUAAAUAAAGAAUAAUCUUAAAAUAUAUACGUACACACAAGAUAAUUUGCAUUUCGCUUCGUUUUUUGUGUGAUUUUAAUUUAAUCUCUGUAUUCAGCGAAUCUCUUAACCUAUUUAUCGCAAGCGAAAUGCAUGGUUUUAUUUUAUUUAAGAUUUGUAUUGAUUUCACCAAAUAAAUAUUGAUGAAAUAUUGCCUGUCUUUAAACACUAAAAAUCUGAAGCUCCUGGUAAUUCCCUGUGAUUAUGCAAACAUCUUGCGAUCACCCCUCUUUUCCAUGAAUCCAUUAUGUACAAGAUUAUGUACAAACUGGGCCAAACCAGUUGCUCGUAAAGUCGCGCACAUGGCAGA